AUGCUCUGCGAGCAGCGCGCCGGCCGCAUGUUCAGCAGCGGGUACCUGCUGUCCGAACAGGCGGCCAGCCUGAAGCAGGACAACGCACUGCUGAGGCAGCAGCUGCGCGCGGUGGCGGCCGAGCGGGACAGCUUGCUUGAGGACAGAAGCGUCAUCAGGGACAGCAAGCACCAGUCCGACAAGGGGUGGCGCGACGCGCAGCUGCGGGUGGCAGAGCUGGAGGGCCAGCUGUCCUUCUUCCAGUCGUCCAACGCGCGCGCCCUCACAGACAGGCGCGCGGGCGCCGCCGCCUGGCCGCGUCGCGGUCGGCGCGCAUCGGACACCGCUAUUUUCGAAUCCAAGCAGCUGCGGGAGCAGCUGGCCGCGAGCCAGCAGCGCGCCAGCAUCCUCGCCGCGGCACUGGAGGAGCACCAGCGGGCGGCCGCGGCGAGGCCCGGGCCGGCGGAGGAGAGCGCAGAGGCGCAGGCCCUGCUGGAGGAGCGCGCGCGCGUGCAAGAGCAGCGCGCGGCGCUGCAGGAGCUGGGUUUGGCACACGAGAAGCUCAAGGAGGAGCUCCAGGCGGCCCAGGAAGCUGCCCGGCAGGCGCAGGACACGGCGGAGGAAGCCCGGUGCUCGGCCGACGAGGCCGUCGCACAGGCGGAGGCCGACGCGGCGGGCGCGCGGCGGCAGCUGGCCGCAGCAAAGGAGCAGUCUGCGCGGGCGCGGGCGCAGUCGGCGGCACUGCAGAAGCAGCUGAAUGAGCAGAGCCAGCGCGAGGGCGAGCUCGAGACCCAAAUCGAGCAGCUCACGGCAGCGCUGGUGGCGGCGCAGGCGGGCGUCAAGGAGCUGCAGACGCAGCAGUCGAACGCGUUCCGGACGCAGGCGUACGCGGAUUCGCAGGCGGCGGCGGCAGCAGCGGGCGCGUUUGAGGACCUCGCGCCUGCCACCCCCGCCCACUCUGUGGACUCGGAGCGGUCCGGCGGCGCCGGCCCCCAUGGAUCCGGUCACCAGCUGCAGCGCGACCACCGGGUCCUGGAGCUCCAGCGGGAGCUGGAGGAGCGCGACGCCGUGCUGACGUCACUGCAGCAGCACUGCAACCACCUGAAAGAACGGCUGGCCUUGGCAGUUAGAGAAAAGGUCGAGGCACUGCUGCUGGCCGCCGCCGCGGAGUCGAAGCUGGGCAGGCGCGGGGCGGCUGAGGGCGGCGGCGGCGAGCCCGACGCGGAGGAGGACGCGCCCGCGUUUGGCGGCACCGUCGCAGCGGCGAUCGAGCGGCACGAGAGCACCGCCGGCGGCGGCGCCACCGGCGGCGGGGCGUGGCUUGCGUCUGCAGGGCCGAAGCGGGUGGAUGGGCCCAAUGGGAAAGGCCCAGACCAAAGCAUUACAAAGCAGCCUUCGACGCCCAAAGUCGUCGGCGGCGCGGCCGGCGCGGCUGCUGGCGCGGGCACGCCCAGAGGCGCCAAGCCUGUGCGUGUCUACCUGACAAGCCGCUGA